AUGGUCCCUCCUAUAAUUCAAGACCUAUACACGUCCAUGAUUCACAAACAUCGCGACAUUCAGGCAUUCCACCUUUGGCUGCGUCUGCUUGAAGAUAAUCUCGUGCCUAAUAUCAGGGGCCUGACUGUGCAUUACCGUACCGUCCCUUCGACAAGCGAUGACUAUGAUCUCGUCCGCAUAUCCUUUCACGCGAAUCCUGAAAAGGCGCACAACCGCAAGACACAAAUCCAAAUCCUUGCCUUUUCUCUCCCUUCUACAUCACCGUCUUCGUCCUCCGGGGCCUCUUUCUCUUCUACUGAUAGAUACAACGAAUCGCCACCGAAAGGGUAUCCGAUUCCUUGGGAUUCUUUCCUUGAAGAUGUGGAAAACCAACAUCGAAUAAUGCAUUCCAAGGGCGAGCUAGAUGGCGACUACGACUGCUUUGUAGUGUUUAAGCAGUAUGCAAGACUCUAUGCCCUACGAGGUGUAGAGCAUGCUAAUAUCAGGGAGUGCUGGGUGAGUUUCGGUGCAGAAAAGAUGCAGAGCCAGGGUAUUCAGCCUUUGUGGACGGAUCGAGAUGAUUUUGGUCCUUUGUUUGAGUUUAAAACGCACUACACUAUGAUUAUGCAUUUGCUGAGGGCUUUUGCUUGGAAUAUCAAUAUUCCAUAUGUUUUCAGAUCUAGGCCAGCACAGUGA